UUAGUCCGCGAAUCGUUCUAAAUUUCAAAACACCGUCCGAAUCGAAUCCAAGAUUAAAAGGAAGUUUUUUUACAACAUAAAGCUCUCGUUUCCAUUUUCGCCUCGGCCCGGUUUAAAUUUCUUUAUAAUUGCUUUUUCGUGUUAUCUUUUUCGGUGGUGUGAAAUGGGGCCGUCAUCCGAUCGAUUCCCGUUGUGCCCUAUACCCCGAACCGGCGGAGGCACUUCGGGAAAACGACCAUCGAAAUAAAUUCGAGGAGAGAGGAAAAGCGGCUAAAGCUCUAAAGCUCGGGUCGCGACCGGGCAGACACUAGUAUCGAUUGAGCUUUCUCGCGAGGCGCGAUUGCUAAUUUUACGACGAUAAAAUGUUUAGGAGUUUUCUACGUGGAAAACGAAUCAAGAUCAUCGAGUUUGGUUACAGGUGAUGAUGUUUUUUAGGAUGAUAUCCGAGCGCUGAUUUGGUAUGCAGUGGCGGAAGUUGGCUAGAACCAAGAUCACGUCCGGGCGAUCGCGUACGCGCAAUAUGCUGUGCUGCGGUCGUAGCAGAAAGUUAUUUCGAGGGAACAAUACUGUAAUUCAUGAUAAUGGAAGAGAAGCUUUGGAUCUCACAGCUUCGCCGAUGCGAGUUCCGGCUGGACAACAAACAAGAAAUAAUCAUCCACCGCCAAUGGUUAUACAAGGCGAUUUUCGUAAGGUGUCUGGAAUUAGCUCGGAAAUUUUUAAGCAGAUAGAGACUGUAGAAAACGAUCAUGAUGCGUCCACGGCGGCCGCCUUGGAGCACGUGGAAAGACGUGGUGAGAUGAUAGUAAGGAUUUUGGAUUCGAGGCAUUUAGGAAGAUCGGCAACAGAUGCGGCAAAAAGAUUCACUGCGAUGCAAGAUGCAAAACACACUGUACAAUUUGUUGAGAUUGUUAAAAGACCAGGACAAACUCUCGGAUUAUACAUAAGAGAAGGAAAUGGAAUCGAUCGAAGUGAUGGUGUUUUUAUAUCCAGAAUUGCUUUAGAAUCAGCAGUUUAUAACAGUGGAUGUCUUAAAGUUGGAGAUGAAAUUUUAGCUGUAAAUCUCGUAGAUGUAACUCGAAUGAGUUUAGAUGACGUGGUAAUAAUAAUGUCGAUUCCAAGAAGACUUGUUUUGGCUACUCGGCAACGUAAAGGUGGUAAAGGUGGUCAAGGAUCGCCGAGUGUCCAACCAAGAGCGGAACAUAAACCUCCACCUGUUGUUGUAAUAAAACGAGAUCUUCGCGAUGAUGAAGCUGAUGAAGUUGAUCAUGGAAAAGAUUCAAUGCGGCAAAGACACACUGGGGAUGGUCGUGAAAUGAGUGAAUCGAGGUCGAGACUUGGUUUGGGGUUAGGUCUUGGGCCAUCAUCAACGAUGGAUUCAAGUCGAGGUGGUUCUUCAUCGCAAGAUACCUCAAACGGACUCGAUUUAUACUACAACUCCAGACCGCCUGAUUCGAGUAACACCUGGGGUUACCAACCUCCACCUCCAGUUAUUACUGAGCAACCGAAAUCGAAUAUCCAACAUUUUCAACCGUACGAAAAAAAUUACCCAAACACUUUGGAAAGUCUUGCAGAAAAAGUGCAUUCAUUUGGUUUGCCACCAAAUCGUCGAAUGUCUGCCGGUGGGCAACCGCUUCCUUCCAGAAUAUCCUCGCAACAAAGUCCUUCCUCACAUUAUUACAUCCAACAUUCCGGUACCGGGUCUAGGAGGAUUAUGCCGAGAUCCGGUUCGGAUCAACACCUUCCGCACACUGAAUACUCCGGUGAUUAUACGAGCAUCACCCAAGCCGGACGUCAUAGCCUGUUAAGAUCCAGUUUAAAAUCUGGUUCUACACUUAGUAGAUAUAACCAAAGAUACGUUGUGGAUCCAUCUUCGGCGAUAUCCAGUCAAAUGUCUCAAUCGAAAUAUGGUGCUCCUUCGACGUUAACAAGACGAAAUAGAAGCAGUUUGGAUUAUUCUAGCGAUACUGAAGCGACUGUUGGACCUAGAUCAAGUAGUUAUUACUAUUAUAGAAAUCAAACAGCGGCACCUGUUCCACAUAGUACCAUACCAACAUUAGGUAGGAAUAACUCGAUGACAUCGACUGAUUUAAGCACCAAAUUUAAUUCUUUGCCAAGGGAUACAAGAGGCACUUCAAGACUUGGUAUGACGAAACGUUUUGGUGAUAGAACAAUGGGUCUUCUGCAAGAUGAUGCAGAUGGGAAUUUAUCGGCACCUGAGAUGCCUUCGAUAAGGCAAAGAGGACGGGUACCUUCGUCACCUACUAUCUUCACUUCAGAUGAAUACAGACAAUGGCUGAGCCGAACACCUUCAACUUCCGCUAUUUACGAACAAAUCAGGGCCUCUAGGGACGUUCUUAAUCAACAGAGAGCGGCAAGAUUUACUUAUAGCGCGGAAAAUAUUCAUGCUGCACUUAAAGAUAGUGAUGGUGGAUAUUAUAGUUCGUAUAGAACUGGGGCGACAUCUACUUUGGAUAGACAUUUUACAAGGACUCAUCAACAGGUUCCUGCGAGAUCUUUAUCAUCUCAACAUAUCACUGGGUCGACAUCAGCUUUGGCUUCAUCGAGAUCGCCAUCAAUGAGAAGAAUGCGGCAACUUUUGGAAUUAGAUUCCGUUCGGACUGGCGCUCCAAGUCCAGUUCCAACACCAAGUGGAACUUUGCCGAGAGGUCAAAGACAAUUGGAUAUAAAUCCUGCUGAGUUCCUCAAAUACAAAGUUGAUAAAACUGGUGGAGGUGGGUUAUCAAGUUUAACUUUAGGACCAGGUGGACAAUUAACAUCUUCGGUGCUUGAAGAACCAGUUAGUGGUAUGUUAUGGGUUCAUCUUCUCGCUGGUCGAGGAUUAAGAGCUUCAACUGGGACUUCAACAGCUACAACUCCUGUUACGCCAAGUGGUGGAACUCCAACAAUACCAGGUUCUACUGGUCUUCGCGAUUUAUAUUGUGUUCUUGAAUGCGAUCGAGUCCAUAAAGCACGAACAGUGGUUCGUACUGGGGAUUUAAUUUUUGAUUGGGAUGAAAGUUUCGAACUUGACCUAGUAAAUAACCGCGAAUUGGAUUUGUUGAUAUACUCGUGGGAUCCUCAGUAUAGGCACAAGUUAUGUUAUAAAGGAUCCGUACAUUUACCUUCUUUAUUGAAAUCGGGUCCUUUGCAUCAGUUAGCAUUGAAAAUCGAACCUAGGGGAACUUUAUAUUUGAGACUUCGACACACUGACUCACAGAGUUUGUACAAAAGACGAGGUCUAUCCAAUUUAACAUUAUCAAGAACUACACCGUUAUUUGGAGUUGAUUUAGAAUCUGUGGUUAGUCGUGAAAAUAAAACCGGUGGUGUUCCUGGAGGAGUUCCAACCGGAUUAGUUUCUGCAGGUCAACAAAUUCCUAUUAUAGUAAGAAGAUGUGUUGAAGAAGUUGAAAGGCGAGGCUUGGAUAUAAUUGGUUUGUAUCGAUUAUGCGGGUCAGCAACGAAAAAGAGAAUACUUCGAGAAGCAUUCGAAAGAAAUAGUAGAUCGGUUGAUUUAACUCCGGAUAAUGUUCCGGAUAUUAAUGUUAUAACGGGAGUUUUAAAGGAUUAUUUAAGAGAACUUCCAGAACCACUUUUUACAAAGUGUUUGUAUCAAAUGAUGGUGGAUGCUUUAGGAGUUUGUUUGCCAGAUGAUCCAGAAGGAAACGCUAAAUUAAUGUUUUCAAUUUUGGAUUGUUUACCAAGAAUAAAUAGAGCGACAUUAAUUUUUCUUAUGGACCAUUUGGCUUUGGUUGUAUCAGCAUCAGAUCGUAAUAAGAUGUCGGCUCAAAAUUUGGCAACUGCUUUAGCUCCUCCUUUAAUGUUACAUUCUGCGAUGGAUGCUAUCACGUCGGGUUUGAAGAGUGAUUUGGAUUAUACACAACCGAUAAGCGUUCUCAAGUAUUUGCUUCAGAUUUGGCCAGUUCCAAAGCAUCACUCAGGUCGUCGCGCCAAGCCACUAGGGCCGCGUGGAGACAGUCGCAGUGCGUCGCAAGUGGGCAGCAUGCAACCGGGGGUGCCCCAUCAGCAACAUCAGGUUCAGCAGCAGCAGCAGCGCGAGCAGUCUCGGGCCUUAGCGGGUCCGUUAGUUCCUCCUCCUCGCUCAGCAGCAUUGGGCCAACGAGGCCCUGCGCCACAGGUCCUAUUACAGCAGACACUAGGCCCAUCAUCAGUAAGCAGAGGUCCUUACCGUCCGCUUUCGCCUCGGGUCGGCCCAGCGGUGUCGGGAGUGGUGGGAACAUCGUCGUCGUCGGUGGCAGCGGCGUCGGUCUCGUCCGUUCUUCGGCCACGCCAGGUGAUUGUCUCAUCGCCAGGAUCCCCAAGCAGUAGUAGCGGGGACAGUCAAUCCGGUUCUGACUCGGUGAAGCAGCAGCAGCAGCACUGCCUUCCGCCAAGUCGCGGUGCUUCCCCGGCCAUUCGACCGUCGCCCUCCUCUUCCUCCGUUAAAUGCUCGCCAAAAAAUUCCCCAUCGAUAUCCAGUUUAAGUCGCGCUUCACCUUCGAUUCUUGCGGCAGCUUCCAGAUCGGGAAGUCCAGCGAUGCAAGCGAGUUCUGCAGGAUUAGCUGUUACGAUGGCUACGACAGCACCAACUUUCACUACCCUCACUGGUCUUCAUUCGACCAUUUCUAAUAUUAGCACCACCGCUAAUAAUUUGUAUAGUUACACAACGCAACAACCGACUACUUAUGCUAGCACUAAUCCGUUUUUAACCGGGGCUUAUCUUCAGUAUACACCAGGUGGUGGUGAUCAUUAUCAUCAAAAACAACAAUUUCCGUUUUCCGAUGUCUUCGUAACAGAACAACAAAAAUACGCAACGCUUAAUUCAAAAUCAUCGACGUCGUCUUAUGAUACGGGAAGUGAUCAACAAUCUCGAUAUAACACAAUCGGAUGGAAAUACCCGGAAAAAUCAUCGUAUUUAAGCGAUUUAAAUAAAUACGGUGUCAAAACGACGACGACUAUGUUGCAAGAAACUAGUCCUAGUCAACAACCGGGGAAUCUUUUGGCAGUUGAAGAUACACCGACACCAACGAGUAGCAUAGAAACGGAGGACAGUAAUACAAGGGAAGUAGGGGAAAAAGAUGUUGAAGGAGACGGGGAACAAAGCGACUGAGCGGUUAGUAACUUAUUUACAAGAAAAAAUUAGUAAAUCGUCUCUAAUAAAAAAGAAUUAAAUAAAAAAACACAUACAUUAUACACACACACGAGGUAUUUAUCGAGGAAAAAUUUAAAUGUAAUAGAAUUUAUAUACAUAUAUGGAGAUUAUUGUAUAUGUCUGCUUUAUUAGAAAUCAAACUCGAAGACAAAAAUUAUAUAUAUACAUAAAUAUUAACAGAAAAAUAAAAAAUAUAUAUUAUAUGAUUAU